CAGGAAGUGAGGAGGCGGGGCUUCGGGGAUGGACUAUGCGCUUGCGCAAAGGUCCGGCCGGAGGAGUCGUCUUCGUUUUCGCCGCUGCUAGGGUCUGUCCUGAUAAUCAAGAAGAAAGAUGAGCUUCAUCAAUGGACUGCAGUCUGCUACUAGAAACUGUGUUUUCUUCCGAUUUCAUUUGCUGGCCAGCUGGAGAAAAUGUAACACACUAGCUGUAAUCUCACCAGACUGUCAUCAAGUACAAAUUAAUCAUACAAUUAAUAAGUAUCAGGGUCUGGGAGUAAAUCAGUGUGAUAGGUUGACUUUUCUGCCUGAAAAUUUUUAUUUCUCUAAGACUGUUAGUAGCAAAAGACCAGGAUGCCUCUUGAACACGAGUUUUAAGGAAAAUGGGAUGGUUACCCCAAAAUGUACUGUGUGGAAUGACUCUUUUUCAAGACAGCUACUGAUGAAAGAAGUUAUGGGAGUUCCUGCCCUUUCACAAUUGCAUCCUCUAAACUGUCUUCAUGAAAGAGACAUCAGGAGUUUCCACACUUCUCCUCAGUUUCAAGCUGCUCCAGUUCCUCUCUUGUUGAUGAUUCUUAAACCAGUGCAGAAACUAUUUGCAAUCAUUGUAGGCAGGGGCAUAAGGAAAUGGUGGCAGGCACUUCCUCCUAACAAGAAGGAACUAUUUAAAGAAAGUUUAAGAAAGAAUAAAUGGAAGUUACUCCUUUGUUUCAGUAGUUUUGGAUUGCUCUUUGUAGUGUUUUAUUUUACUCACCUGGAAGUGAGUCCUGUCACAGGAAGGAGCAAGCUACUGUUAUUGGGGAAGGAACAUUUCAGACUUUUAUCAGAACUGGAAUAUGAAGCAUGGAUGGAAGAAUUUAAAAAUGAUAUGCUCACUGAGAAGGAUGCCCGAUACCUGAUGGUUAAAGAGGUGGUUAAUCAUUUGAUUGAAUGCAAUAAAGAUAUUCCAGGGAUCUCUGAGAUCAAUUGGAUUAUUCAUGUGGUUGAUUCUCCAGAUUUAAAUGCCUUCGUGCUGCCAAAUGGACAAGUGUUUAUCUUCACUGGGCUUUUAAAUAGUGUGACUGAUAUCCAUCAACUUUCCUUCCUUCUGGGCCAUGAGAUAGCACACGCAGUACUUGGGCAUGCUGCAGAAAAGGCUAGCUUGGUUCAUUUAUUGGAUUUCCUAGGUCUGAUUUUUCUCACAAUGAUUUGGGCCAUUUGCCCUCGAGAUAGUUUGGCACUUUUGGGCCAGUGGAUACAGUCUAAACUGCAGGAGUAUAUGUUUGAUAGACCAUACAGUAGAACACUGGAGGCUGAAGCUGACAAAAUUGGACUACAGCUUGCUGCAAAGGCUUGUGUGGAUGUCAGAGCCAGUUCAGUGUUUUGGCAGCAGAUGGAAUUUGCAGAUAGCCUCCAAGGCCAUCCCAAGUUGCCAGAAUGGUUAUCCACACACCCUUCUCAUGGAAAUCGAGCUGAGCACUUGGAUAGACUCAUACCUCAGGAGGAAUCUGUGUAGAACAGUGAAGAAGGAACUCAGACCAGCCAAAUCAAAUCUAAUGGAAGAAAAGAUGUUGCAGCCACAUUUUUCUCCUGUUCAAGAGUAGAUUUAAGAGGUAGAUGGGAGAGAUUUUUUAAAAAUCAGAAUGAUGAUGAGUACAUUAGAGUUGAAAAGAAAGAUGAUCAUAGGUAAUUGUAUUUAAAGGACAUGUUGUGUGUGAGUGUCCUCAACUAAUAACACCGGAAGGACCCUCAUCUAAACUAAGUCUAACAAUAACAACAACAAAAAGCCUCUGAAAUGCCCAUUUUCUUCCAGUAGAUGAGCUUCAAAGAGUUGAAAAAUCUAAAAAAAAAACAAAAACAAAACAAAACCAAAAAACAAAACAAAUCUCAGAUGUAAUUUAAAAGCUUUCCUACAUUGGAGAGGACAGCCUAGGUGCCCCCUGAAGCUGGCAUGAGAAGGCUGAUUUGACUACAUUGAAAGUGACAGAAGAAGAAAGAAUGACUACAAAUGUAAGAUACAUCCAUUCCAGAAAAUUGCUAAACUUGUGAAUACAGCAGACAAGCUGUAAAACUUUCAGAGGAGGCUGUGAGGAGCAGAAUUGAUGCCCCAGAGCAAAGACUCAUUGAUGCUGGGGAUAAAGGAACACAGCACAACCAGAUUAAAACACCCAAAGCUAAAGAAAGUCUGAAAAAUGGAAGAACACUGAAAAGACAUGAAAUCAAGCUGCAUAGAAGAGUAGAAAACGCCAGUCCUUCAUUUAUGUCUUAAUUUCUUUGCCUGUGGUUUUUAUAACAUGUUUGAUUUAGAUAACAUUUCUCAGGGUGGGUAUUUAGAACCCCAGAGCAUCAUGCCCGAGAUGUCCUGAAAUGACAAUGCCUAGAUAUCUAAAUUUGCCAACUGUUUAAUUUUCAUUGCAAAGAUAGGAUUUUAUAAGCUGCCAAGUAUAAAAGGAAAAUAUAAAGGCACACAGAAGUAAGAAUGACUUUAGAUCUUACCUUUUAGAUUUUGGAGAAGUGUAAGAAUUUAGGGAAAAAGAAAUAAAACAAAAAACUGGAAAUAAUACAUUUUGGUAUGCUAUCUAGUCAAACCCACUUUUCUUUCUUUUAAGAUAGAAGAUGCCUUAAUACAUGGAACACUUAGAACAGUCUAUCAGUGAAGUACUUAGUAGCUGGAGUUCUCUUUCCAGAAUCCACAGAUGAUCAAGAAUUAGAUAGAGUUUAUCAUUUAGUCUGUUUAUAUAUGAUUGUGAUUCUCGCUUGCACCCUGCUAUUCUUAGAAAACCAUAGAUAAAGUAAGGAACUAAUAAAGAAUUGAGUUGAAAGUAUGAUAAGUAAGAUUCAAUUGACACAAAAAACUAAAUGCCAGGAAAAGGAUGUAUUUUUUUUUCCCGAAUGUAUGUACAUCUUUCAGAAAAAUAUUGGUCAUUAACUUGGACAAAAUAUGUUUGCUUAAUAUAAUAUAAAAAUGUUAUGGUUCAAAUUAUCAGAACAUAGUACAUUAAAAUUAAUAUAACAAAAAUUAAGAUAGGGCAGCCACAUGAAAAUUAAAAUAAAAUUCUUGUACGUAUAAGACAAGAAAUCCAUAUAGAAUAAACAAAAAAAAUUUGUAAUGGUUGUAGUUGUAUUUUCAUGGAUUGCUGUCAAACCUAUAUGUAAAAAAAAAAAAAUUACCAAUUUAAAUGCCUAUAUUAGAAAAAGAGAAAGGAAAUCAAGACAUAUAGUGUGCCCCGGACAGGGAAAAUAAAAUUAAGCAGAAAUAAACAAAAUUAUAGUAGUUGAUUGUUUCAGAAAUUUUGUCAAAGUGAAAAUUAGCAAAUCAGUUAGUUAGACAAAGAGUAAAAGGUAAAUAGGAUCAGGGAGAAGAGCUACGAUAAUUAACAUGUAGGAAAACCAAAAUACUUGAGAGAAUGUUAUUUUUAGGUAGAUGAUGUUAAUUAAUGGCUCAGGUCAGAAUCAGAAGUAAUUAAAGUGUAUGCAUGCAUGAGUGUGUGUGUGUGAGAGAGAGAACUGCCAAAGUGGAUACAGCUAGAAGUAGAAAUUGUAACUAGAAUGUACCUCCUCAAAUUAAUUUCUGAAGGAAGAGGUAAUGUAUAAUUAAAUCAAAUACAUAAAAACAACUGUAUCCGAAACCCAGAGUCAUAACAAAGUAGCAAAGAAAAGAGCACUUAACCCUGAUGGGGAUUUAUUUUGGAGAAUUUUUCGAAAGUUUAAAGAGAAGUUAUUCAAUGAAUAAUUUUAACUCUAGCUUCAAAAUAUAGAAAGGGACAUUGUUAAUUAUCUGAUCCAUUUUAUGAGCAUUUUGUUUUAACAAACUGAUAAAAAUACCACCUUUAAAAGAAUUUAUAGACUGGGGUCAUUAACCAGCAAACAGUCCAGUACUAGGUAACAAUAAUUAUUUACUCAGAGCAAGUAGAUUAUCCUCACACACAUGGGUAGCGUAAUAAAAGCAGUGCUGUUAACACAGAGGAAGGAACUCAGGACUCGUUUUUGAUUCCUUCUCUAUAUCCUACCCACAAGAAGAUCUUGUCUUCUGCGCCUUCUCCACCACCAUCAUCCUUCACCUGGAUUAACUGCCGUCAUCUCCUAUUGUAAUCUUCCUGUUCGGUUUUUCACCUCAUCCCUUAACAGUAGCCUGUUUGCAUGCAGUACAGUAGCCAGAAUGAUCUUUUAAAUGUCAUUUCCCUGCGUAAAACCUUUUAGUGGUAUCUUUUGAAUUUAGGAUAAAAAUCCAAAUUCCUCGCUGUCUUUAAGUCAGGUAAUUUGGCCACUGCUUCUUUCUCCAACUUUUCCACAUGUCCCUCUCCCCCAGGUUUUCCUUGAUUCCAGUUAUUUCACACUGAGCUUGUUUCCUCCUCUCCGCUCCUCUACUUGCUGACUUCUCUGCCUGAAAUAUUCUUCCCUCAGCUCUUGUUAUACAAAUGCCAUCUCCCUUCAGAGGCUCUCCUUGAUUCCCCCAGUCUCAAAUAGCCCUUCUUCUGUGCAGUCGUUGUCUAACAAAGUUCAGUUUUGUCUCUUCAUGUACUUACCCAAAGUGAUCUUGUUUACUUGUUUGUUGUCUGUCUCCUCCUCUAAGAACAUAAGGCCCUUGCUCACUGCUGUCUCCCUAAUGCCUGUGACAGUUUCUGAGAUGCUUAAUGAAUAUUUUUUACAUGAUUGCAUGAUGGGUCAUAAUAGACAAGAGAAGUAAAAUAAUAUUGGGUUAAAAAUAGAAAAAUUGGGGGCACCUGGGUGGCUCAGUCAUUAAGCAUCUGCCUUUGGCUCAGGGCGUGAUCCUGGCAUUC